UAAGACAGCAUACAGAGAACAACCAGUUCUGCCUUUCAAUUCCAAAAACGACCAUUGGAACGAGAGAUUGUGAGCUUGUUAUACAGGGUCCAGAUGUUGCCCCCCAGCACUUGACAAUAGAAAAGCGGAAUGGUGCUGAAUACAUUCUUCACGACCUGGGCACAUCUGAGGGCACUCUAGUGAACCACUGCAGAGUCAGUGGAGCUUCGGUGAAGUUAAACUGUGGUGACAUCAUCAAACUUGGUCCCAAUAGCCCUGCAUUUACUUUCAUCUCUCCUGGACUAAGUCCACUAUCUAUCAUCACUUCUGAUCUUCGUCCGAACUCUGCCCCCAUUGCAAAGGGUGAACAAGUUGAGAUUUCCGCUCCGAGGACUCACUCUGGGUCCAUUCUUACUGGCCGCACUACGAUGAAGAGGAACCUAGUAAACGGAUCUUCUCAAAAUGGAUUACACGCCUCCGAUCACGAUACCACACAGAAACAACAAAUGUUGGAGUUCCUGCAGAACACCGUGGUGGCGCAAGAGAAGCGGCUGACGGAGAUGGCCGAUGAUAUCCAACAUUUUAAAUCUGUUGAACAAUUGGGAACCAAAAACGGUUAUGAAAGAGAAAGCUCUGCAAAGAAGAAUGCUUUAUUUAAACUAGAACAGCAGAAAUCAGAAACUCAAACAGCUAACCAUGUCAUGGCCAGUUUACAGAGUGAGUUGUUAGAAAAGAAAAGAAGAGAAGAAAGUUUGUUAAAAGAAAUGGAAGAGUUACAGCGAGAUAAAUUAGGUGGUUCGGGACAGGUCGUAACACUAAGAAGACAGUUAGCGGAAAAAGACGCGGAACUGAGACAAAUGAAAUCUGAGUACAACGCUUUCAAAGUCCGACCCGACGAGUUGAAGGAACAGAACAUAAUAUUCACUAAAGAAAACAAGGGCUUACGAAAGCAAAUCAGGGACAGUAAGAGGCAGGUUCAAGAGAACCAAGAUAAAGUGAUACACCUUGAGAAGGAUCUAGCAGAAGUGCAGGCAAAGUUAGCGCAUGAGAUGCGCAUGCACAUUACUUCGCGUGACAUGGUGUCCAAGUUCCAGACUGAGGUAGCCGAUAAGGCUAAGUUAGAGAGGAUACUGAAGAUUGAGGCCAAGGAGAGUGAGGUUAAGCUGAAGCACUUUGAGGCUAGUAUCAGAGAAGCCCUAUCUAAGCUACAAGACACAGAGGAAACUGGGUGCGAUAAUGUGCUGGUAAGGAAGGUUGAGGAACUAGUCAAGACACACCUGGAGACUAGUAUACACCUUAAGAAGAGGGAUGAGGAAUUCGCUGCUUGUAGAAAAGGCUACGAGAGUAUCCACGAGAACCUAGCGAAGAUAGAACUUGAAGCGCUGACCCUUCUUGAGGUUGUUCAGAGCACAGAGACUCACAUAUCUGACAAAGUUGAAAAGGAGGGAGAUAAGAUUGCUUCUUUGGAGAUAUCUGAGAACUUGCUUUGGCUUCAGGGUAUGGUUCUAACCCUAGCUCGAGCAGUGGAGAAAUACUCCUCUGAAGUCGAGAAGAAGACUGCCACUGCUGUCAGAGCUGCUAAAGACACCGGGCUACCAUCUCGUCUGAGUGUGGAAGAGAUAAUAGACAAUCUCAAGUCCACAACUAUACGACUGAGGGAGGAGAAAGCUGGACUUGAAGAGAAGCUUAGAAACACUGUGGAUAGUUACGAAGGGAAGUUAGCUGCUGAGCACAAGAAACACACGUCAACUCUCAGGGAUGAACUUGAGACACUAAAGCGGCUUCACGAAGAGCAAAUGAGGGGGCUGUAUGUGAGUGAGCAGCAGAAGCAGAGUGAAAUGAGAGGGGAAUACUCCUCUCAAACCACCUCCCUGACGAAGAAAAUAACCCAUCUCGAGACUCAGAUCCAAGUUCAUAAAGAAAAUGAAGCACUAAGUUCCACAAAGCAAGCCGCAUUGGAGGCUAAAAUAGAAGAACUUAUCAAAGCGGAGAAGACUUCACGGAUGAUGGAGGAGAGUUUGCGUGAGAAGAUGUCCAAGUUUGACUCUGAUACUUUUUCAAUGAGGCGAACAGGUGUGGAGCAGAAAGACAAACUUGAUGCUCUCGAACAUGAGACUGAAUCACUCCGAGAACAGAACAGGCAAUAUGCAGUGACAAUCGUUACAAUGGAAAAUAAGUUACAUUCUAUGAACUCACGCUGUAAUGACAUGGAGCUCAAUCUUAAUGAUUCACUCUCCAAACUGGAAGCCGUACCGCCGCCCCCGCCUGAGCCGUACGAGAUAUUGAAGUGCCGGGAGAUUGAGAUGCAGAGAGAGAUACAAAGACUCCAAACUCUCUCUAAUACCCUCAGGAGAGAGUUCGGUCUUGCCAAAGCAGAGGCGGACCAGAGAGCAGUUCAAAUCCAAGGACUAAGGUGCGACUUAGCUGGAGCAGCAGCUCGGCUGUCUGAUAUGAGCGGGGAACUCAGUGAGAAGCAGAAGAUAGAGAGGGAGAAUAUGCAGGAUAAGAUAGCCCAGCAAACCAAACAGAUAGAAAUACAGCGGGAAAGUAUUGAUAUGCUCCAGUUGGAGCUGCAGAAAGAGAAAAAGAAACUUUCUCUUGUUCCUGAAAAGUUGCCUAAGAAGGUACAACAGAAAGUGAAGAUUGAGUACAAAGAACGUGAAAUGACGGAGGAGGAGAAAGAUGGUGUGGAGAUGGGCAAGAGAUGUAUGGAUGAGAGGCAUGGGAUUAUCAUUGAUAAACAGAGAAUGGCACUCGCAGAGUUCAGGGCUCAGCUCAAAUCUAAGACGCCCACUUUCUCGGAGCCAACUGUUGAAGGAAAUCAGCAGAUAAUCAGACUAAAGAAGGAGCUUAAUGAGCUGAGAGCUGCUCUUAAAAACAAAGAUUUGGAGUAUGGAUCGAAGGAGAGUGAUCUGAAGACUAAGGCUCGUCAGUUGAAUUCAACCACGGAGAAGAAUGCAGAUAUCGUGAAACAAGUCAAGUCAGAGCUGAAUGAUUCUCAGAGGCUACUUGGACACAGUGAAGCUUGUUUCUCAUCCCUGGCAACGGAAGUGCGCUCAGCCCUGAACCAGCCCCAGCACCCAAUCUCUUAUCUGACAAUUGAGAGACUGGAGCACAGUCUGAAGGACAGGGCCCUGAUGACGGCAGAUAUUGGGGCUCAGAUAAUUGCUGUUACUACCAGACUCUCACAAAAAGAUGUCCUCCUCUCCUCCUACCAAGAGGACCUUUCUCAUCUUAGGAGGUCAGAAUUAGACGCAGAUGACGCUGGUGUAGAAGCGACAGUGCUGAAGAAGAAGGUUACCUCGCUGCAAGAAGAGAGUUCGCAGUUGAGGAAGAGCCUGACACAUCUCCAAGGAGAGCUCGAUCAGCAACAGAGACUCAACCAUGCGUUGGCUCAGAGAAAUGCAAACAGAGAGGUUAACUCGGAGCCAGCACUGCAACACCAGUGUCCAGAUCCCCGAACAGAGAGUCAAAUAGAGCUGCUCAAGAAGCAGCAUCACGAGGAGAUUAAGAGGAAGAAUUACGACAUUAAGAAGUUAAAAGAGGAACUGAUUACAAGCUGAAAAGCUUCACAAGAUAGAUAAACACGCUUUCAACUUGUUCUACUCCCCUCAAGUGUUGCUGAAGAGUGAAGAUGAUACUGCUACCACUCUCUUGAGGUUCUGAGACCUUAUGAUCGGACAACGAACUAGAACAGUCCAUAUUAUUUGAUCGUGAGAAUUUUACGAACAGUUAUAGAGACACUAUACUUGCUAUUUUAACCCGUACGAUGUAUCGCUAAGUAUAAAGUUAUGAUAUCUUUUGAGUGCUUAUAUUUUAAUAACCAUUUGUUAGCAAUAUUUUCAGUGUUUUAGAAAGUUGUACAGUGUAUCAUAGUACACACAGAAGGGUAGAAUUUUUACAGAUUAUUAAUAAUAAUUUGCUUUAUAAGUGUUUAUAGACUCAUUGUUAAAUAUUUGGAAAAUUAACGUACAGAAUCCACGGAUGACAGGUUAAAAUUCUCAGCCAAUUUAUUGAUCAUUAAACAUAAAAUUAUUGUUACAUGAUAGCAUGUAUUACUGUAUCAGUUGGUCACUAUAGAUCAUCACUGUGAUGUUUUGAUAGUUAAUCCUUGAUAUUUUUAAUAUCUUGAGAUAAACAUAAUGAUAACGUCAUCGAUAGUUUCGGAAGAGUACUUUUUGAAUGAAGUACGUUUAAGUACAAAGAUCUUUUAUCAUUGCUCUUUGUACUGAACAUGCAGGACCGAUGUACAGCGGUCAUCUCAAAGAACAAUGUGUUCUUUGUUAUUUAAUUGUGGUCAAUCCCACUUGAAAGUAUACUUGAUAAUGGUUAUUUUAUUAAAGUGGGGGAGUGCCAUUGACAGCGGCACUGAUAGUCGAUGAUCCUCUUUUAAAAAGAUGAAAGAAUCAUAAUAAAAACAGGAAAAAUAAUAAAGUAAGGAAAGAUGGGCAUUUUAUUUUUGAAACAUGGGAAGAGAAACGAGUCAAAGGAUAGAGUCCGUGGAUGCUACUUGUGAUUUCCAAACUAUUCUUUUAUUGUGUGAUAGUAGAUUUAUGUUUGCUUAGUGUUAUUGUAGAAGUUUUAUGUAUUUACGAGCUGAAUUCGCUUA